AUGGAACAAAGCGGACAGGACUCCUGGCGACAAGGAAGAAAAUGGGUUGCCUUCGUGUUGGUUUCGACUUUGAUUUUAGGGAAGGCUUUGGGACAGAUACGGUAUUCUAUAUCAGAAGAGAUCAAAGAGGGAACUGCUGUUGGGAAUAUAGCAAAGGAUCUGGGAAUUGACCCAAAUAUAUUAAAAGCGAGGGGGUUUCGCAUUGUUUCUGGCUCAACUGAACCACUAUUCCAGGUAAACCAAAAUGAUGGGAUUUUAUACGUAAAUCGUAAUAUUGACCGAGAAGAAAUAUGCCAGCGGACUAGUGCAUGUCUGAUAAACCUUAAAAGCGUGCUCGAGAACCCACUGGAGAUCCAUUACGUUGCAGUGGAGGUGUUAGACGUAAAUGACCAUUCGCCCUCUUUCCCAGAGAACAACAAAACGCUAGAGAUUUCAGAGUCCACGUUACCGGGAACAAGAUUUCAGCUGCAUGCUGCCCUCGAUCCCGAUGGUGGUGUGAAUUCCGUCCAACAGUAUAGACUAAGUCAAAAUAAUCAUUUUCGGUUAGAAGUGAAAGAUCGCGGGAAAGAUGGCAAAGUACCUAUUCUACAGUUACAAAGUCCAUUAGAUAGAGAGGCAACUAGAAAUCAUAAACUAUUGCUUACAGCCUUGGAUGGGGGUAAACCCCCGAAAUCAGGGACCAUGCAGAUAUUAAUAGAUGUUUUAGACGUGAAUGACAAUGCACCGGUGUUCAGAAAAGAUGUCUAUUCUGCGGAGAUAAAUGAGAAUUCACCAGUUGGCACGACAGUCAUGCAAGUAAACGCCACAGAUUUAGACGAAGGUUUAAAUGGAGAAGUGAGUUAUUCCUUCGGUAAUGUAAAUACCAAGGUGCGCGAACUGUUUGAUGUCGACCCGAGCACUGGUGCAAUAACUGUCAAAGGACAACUAGACUACGAAGUGGAUGACGGUUAUGAGAUAGAUAUCCAAGCAUCUGACAGCGGUGCAGUUCCUUUUAGAACGGACAAAAGCGUUACGGUAAAUAUUAAAGACGUGAAUGACAACGCACCUGUAAUUGACGUAACGUCACUGUCUAACACAAUCUCAGAGGAUUGUAGGCCAGGAACCACGGUAGCACUUCUCAGUAUUACCGAUCUGGAUUCUGGAGUGAACGGAAAAGUUGUCAGCUCUGUUAAAGGCGAUGUGCCUUUCGCGCUAACGCCCUCAAUACAGGACAACAUGUACGCUGUUGUGACAAAGUCACAGCUUGACAGGGAAAAGAAAUCGAUGUAUGACGUGACGGUAAUCGCGAAAGAUGCAGGUGAACCAGCUUUAACGUCUGAAAGGACAUUUAGAGUUGUUGUAUCCGACGUAAACGACAACAGUCCAGAGUUUUCCAUGAGCCAAUAUCAUUUUUAUGUCAGUGAGAAUAACCCAGCGGGGGGGUCGAUAUUUUCUUUAAUCGCGUCUGAUCGAGACGAAGGAAGUAAUGCUCUUAUAUCCUAUCAUAUUAUCAGAGAUGGCAGCGAAGAUAAUAAAGUGACAUCAUUUCUAAAUAUUAACUCUCAAAACGGAGACAUUAUGGCGCUAAAAAGUUUUGACUUUGAGACGCUGAAGACUUUCCACUUCCACGUGGUCGCGUCAGACUCGGGAACUCCGUCACUCAGCAGCAACGUCACAGUGCACGUGUUCAUUCUGGAUCAGAACGACAACGCUCCAGUCAUCCUGUAUCCAGUCAGCUCGAACGGUUCUGCUGAAGGUGUGGAGGAGAUUCCCCGCAACGUGAACGCAGGACACUUGGUGACUAAAGUCAGAGCCUACGACGCUGAUAUAGGAUAUAACGGCUGGUUACUGUUUUCACUGCAGGAAGUUACCGACCACAGUCUCUUUGGUCUGGACCGCUACACGGGACAGAUCAGGACACUUCGCUCAUUCACAGAGACAGACGAGGCUGAGCAUAGACUGGUCAUACUGGUGAAAGACAAUGGGAACGUUUCACUCUCAGCAACGGCUACUGUGAUGGUCAAACUUGUGGAGCCCAAAGAGGCUUUUGCAGCUUCUGACGUUAAAAGUUCGGCAAAAGCAGAUGAGGAGAAUAAUGUGACUUUUUACCUGAUGAUAACUUUGGGCUCAGUUUCGGCUCUUUUUCUCAUCAGCAUCAUCGUGCUGAUUGCGAUGCAGUGCUCCAAACCCACAGACUGUACUUCUAAAUAUCUGCAAGAGACGAAUUAUGACGGGACUCUGUGUCACAGCAUCCAGUACAGAUCUGGAGACAAACGGUACAUGUUAGUUGGACCCAGGAUGAGUAUAGGAUCUACUAUAGUCCCAGGAAGCCACGCCAAUACACUGGUGCUUCCUGACAGGAGGAGAACAUCUGGGGAGGUGAGUAAAUAUUUAUAUUUGCUGCCUAUGCUAUUUCAAAUAUCACUUUUGUGUUUACCUACCUCAGUUGUAGUGCUGAAAUCGGAUAUAAAUUGA